AUGGAGUGUGCUUUAACGUUACCUCYCAUUGCAAGGUAUCUAAACAGUAUGGCUGAGUGUAAAGAAAAGUGGCGAAAUAUCCGUGGACGAUAUUUACGCCAAAUUAAAGAUGUGCCGCCAAGUGGAUCAGGGACUAAACGAAAGAAAGUGUAUUACCUCACUGAUUAUUUACAUUUUAUUGACCCUUACACUACAUCCCGACCUCAAACUGGCAACCUUACAAGUCUCCCAGUAAAUGAAAAUAGUGUUGACUGUUUAGAAGUAGAUGAAAUGGAAUAUGGUUAUGAACAUGGAGAAGGAUCUAUGACAGAUACACAUAGUAUCAAUAAAUGUAUCAAGAAAAAAAGUGGCAUAGAUAGUUCAUCAAAAAAACAACAAUGCUCUUCAUUAGAUGAACUUAAUGUUGCAGCUGCUGAGUAUUUUAAAGAAAAAAGAUCCCAAAAAAAAUCAGAAGAAUUACACGACCAUGAUAUGGACUUUUUAAAGAAACGUGGCCCAGCAAAAGGUAAAGAACAAGCUUAUAUAAAUUUAACAAUGCAAUUGGGUCCAUAUCAACCAGUUAAUAUUGUAUUUCCCCGUAGUUCUGGUAGAACAUUUAGGCAAGAAUGGUAUAAGUCAUAUGAAUGGUUAGAAUAUAGUCAAGAAUUAGAUUCAGCUUUUUGUUUUUAUUGUCGAGCUUUUCCUACAGUUGGUAUGGAAACAGCAUUUAUUUCAUGUGGAUUUAAGAAAUGGGGAAAAGCAACUCAACGAUUUUCUAUUCAUCAAAAAAGCAAUUCACAUAAAGAAGCGCUUUGUAAAGUUGUUGGAUAUAAACAAUCAUUAUCAAGUUCUGGAAAUAUAAUUGGGUUAAUUGACAAAAACCAUAGUAAAGUAGUAUCUGAUAAUUGCAAUUACUUAAAAAAUAUUUUGGAAACUCUUCUUUAUUGUGCUAAGCAAGGGAUAGCUAUUAGAGGUCAUGAAGAGKAUUCCAAAUCAAUAAAUAAAGGUAACUUUAUUGAGCUAUUAACUCUUAGAGCAAAAGACAAUAAUCUAAUUCAACGAUAUUACUCGGAGAAAGAAAAAUCAUUUAACUAUGUACAUAAUUCAUACUUAAAUAUGUUUUUGACCUAUAUGAGUGAUUAUGUUUUAAAAUCAAUUAUAUCAGAAAUUCAGUCUGCUGGAAUAUUUAGCAUUCUUAUUGAUGAAACACAAGAUUUAAGUCGACAUGAGCAAGUCUCUGUGUUCAUAAGGUAUGUACAUAAUUUAGAGCCAAAAGAAGUGUUUUUGGGAUUUUAUCGUACAAACUCAACAGAUGGAGAAUCUCUUGUUGAUUUAAUUAAAGAAGUGUUGAAACUUAACGGACUAAAAAUUGAAAACAUCAGAGGACAGUGCUACGAUGGCGCUGCAUCAAUGCGUGGGGCCUAUAAAGGCGUUCAAGCCAGAAUAAGGAAAGAAAAUAGCUUAGCAGUUUAUGUACAUUGCUAUGCUCAUAUCUUGAAUUUAUGUCUUGUAGACUUAGCAAAACAAAUAGCUUGUGUUCGAAAUAUGUUUGGUACAUUAAGAACAUUAUAUAGUUUUAUAGGAGCAUCUUCUAAAAGGUUUUCUGUUUUUGAACAAAUGUUGAGUUCUGAUGCAGGACCUAAAACAYUCAAAACAUUAUGCGAUACACGCUGGAGUUGCCGUUAUGAAGCCUUAAGAUCAGUGUUCCAUAAUUUAACUGCUGUAAUAGAUACAUUGGCUGAAAUAGCAGAAAGUGAUCGAGAAUUUGGAUCUGAUGCUGCUGCUUUAUUAAGAAGCAUACAGACAUUUGAAUUUAUAUUUUCUCUAAUUUUACUGGAAGAUGUAUUAUUAAAGACAAAUGUCCUAUCCAAAUAUUUGCAAUCAACAACAUUAAAUUAUGGUUUAGUUAGUCAAAUGGUUAAUGAAACUAUAAAAAGUUUUGAAGAAUUAAGGGCAGAUGAAAACUUUCAGAAAGUAUGGGAUAAGGCUGCUAUUAUCUCGGAAAAUAAUGGUUUUAGUAAACCUAAUUUACCACGAAUAAAAUCAKUUCCAUUAAAAUUAGGUGGUGGUAAAAAACAAACAUUACAGACUGUUCAAGACCAUUUCCGUAUAAACGUAUUUUAUGGAAUUAUAGAUACAGUAAUAAUGUGUAUGAACAGUAAAUUUAAGGAAAAUGAUUUAAGUUUAUUAAAUUCUAUGAAUAAUGUCUUAUUUAAUGAAAGUCCGACUGAAAUUGUGAAACAGAAAUGGAAGAACCUGCGUGAUUCUUAUAUGAAGUAUUUAAAGUAUUUAAAAGGAUCUACCGGAUCUGGCAAAAAAUACAAAAAUUGGCCAUGGGCGGCUCAUUUGGAAUUUUUGAGAGAUGCAGUAGCACCAUGA